GCAUUAGAAAAUACAAAAGAUCAGGAUGGCAGGAAUUGGAGCCUCAAUGACUUCUUCUAUCACCAUUUUUUUAGUGCUAUUCAUAUCUCUUAGCUUCCCUUCUCAAACCACCGCAAAUGGUUAUUUCUAUGAUUCACCACCACCUCCAACUCCGGUGUAUAAGCCUGCACCAGUAUAUAAACCUGCUCCAGUUUAUACGCCUGAACCAGUUUAUAAGGCUCCGGUCUACACGCCUAAACCAGUCUACACGCCUAAACCUUACUACAAGGCUCCGGUUUACACUCCAAAACCAGUCUACAAAGCUCCCGUCUACACGCCUAAACCUUACUACAAGGUUCCGGUCUACACUCCUAAACCUGUCUACAAAGCUCCCGUCUACACACCUAAACCAGUCUACAAGCCUCCCGUCUACACGCCUAAACCAGUCUACAAAGCUCCCGUCUACACGCCUAAACCUUACUACAAGGCUCCGGUCUACAAUCCUAAACCAGUUUACAAAGCUCCCGUAUACACACCUAAACCUUACUACAAGGCUCCGGUAUACACUCCUAAACCAGUUUACAAAGCUCCCAUAUACUCACCUAAACCUUAUUACAAGGCUCCGGUCUACACGCCUAAACCUUACUACAAGGCUCCCGUAUACACUCCUAAACCAGUCUACAAGGCUCCCGUAUACACUCCUAAACCAGUCUACAAAGCUCCGGUCUACACGGCUAAACCAAUCUACAAAGCUCCUGUCUACACGCCUAAACCAAUCUACAAAGCUCCUAAACCUUAUUACAAGGCUCCUGUCUACACUCCUAAACCUUAUUACAAGGCUCCCGUCUACACUCCUAAACCAGUCUACAAGGCUCCCGUCUACACGCCUAAACCAAUCUACAAAGCUCCCGUCUACACGCCUAAACCAAUCUACAAAGCUCCUGUGUACACGCCUAAACCAGUCUACAAAGCUCCCGCCUACACACCUAAACCUUACUACAAGGCUCGCGUCUACACUCCUAAACCUUACUACAAGGCUCCCGUCUACACUCCUAAACCAGUCUACAAGGCUCCCGUAUACACUCCUAAACCAGUCUACAAAGCUCCUAUCUACACACCUAAACCUUAUUACAAGGCUCCCGUCUACGCUCCUAAACCAGUGUACAAGGCUCCCGUCUACACGCCUAAACCAGUCUACAAGGCUCCAGUUUACGAGCCUACCCCAGUUUACAAACCUACACCAGUUUACAAGCCUCCCACCCCCAUCUACUAAGAACGGUCACCGCCCCAGCUUACUCCCAAUAGUUUUCAAGUAUGAAUCACCUCCUCCGACUGCUCACAUAUUCACAUCACUUCCUCGUGGUAAGGCUCCUCAUUACCAGUUACCAGUUCGAUGAAUAUCUUCAAGUCCCGCAAGCUUUUGCAAUUCAUAUUCUUCAAUAAAAAAUGAAGCGUCUCAAUAUACAUUGUAUAAGAAAGAUGAACAUGUAGAGAUGUUUCAUUGUAUUUCGUUUGUAAUUUUUGUUUGUAUUUGGUGUUUAAUUAUGAGCAAUUGAAGCUCUAUGUUGCAAUAAUUUCAUAUAUUUUCUA